AUGCUGCUACCUGGGCUGCUGCUGCUGCUGCUGCUGCUAGCUGGCACCCGCUGGCUGUGGGGCCAGUGGAAGCUCAGAAACCUCCACCUCCCGCCUCUGGCCCCGGGUUUUCUGCACUUCCUACAGCCUAACCUUCCCAUUUACCUGCUUGGCCUCACUCAGAAACUCGGGCCCAUCUACAGGAUCCGCUUGGGGCUGCAAGAUGUGGUCGUGCUAAAUUCUAACAGAACCAUUGAGGAGGCCUUGAUCCAAAAGUGGGUGGACUUUGCUGGCCGACCCCAGAUGCUAAAUGGAAAGAUGGACUUGGACCUGUCCCUGGGGGAUUACACUCUAAUGUGGAAAGCCCACAAGAAACUCUGUCGCUCGGCCCUGAUGCUGGGCAUGCGAGACUCCAUGGAGCCUCUGAUAGAGCAGCUGACCCAGGAGUUCUGUGAGCGCAUGCGAGCCCAGGCUGGCACCCCCGUGGCCAUCCAUAAGGAAUUCUCUUUCCUCACUUGCAGUAUCAUCUCCUGCCUCACUUUUGGAGACAAGGACAGCACGUUGGUACAGACCCUUCACGACUGCGUCCAGGACUUAUUGCAAGCAUGGAACCACUGGUCCAUCCAAAUCUUGACGAUAAUUCCCCUUCUCAGGUUCCUCCCCAACCCAGGCCUCCAGAAGCUGAAGCAGAUCCAAGAGAGACGGGACCAUAUUGUCAAGCAGCAGCUGAAGCGGCACAAGGACAGCAUGGUGGCAGGCCAAUGGAAAGACAUGAUUGACUACAUGCUCCAGGGAGUGGAGAAGCAAAGGGAUGGCAAAGACGAAGAGCGACUCCACGAGGGGCACGUGCACAUGUCGGUGGUGGACCUGUUCAUCGGCGGCACUGAGACCACGGCUACCACGCUGUCCUGGGCUGUGGCUUUCCUGCUUCACCACCCUGAGAUCCAGAAGCGACUGCAGGAAGAGUUAGACCUCAAGCUGGGCCCCGGCUCCCAGCUCCUGUACAGGAACCGAAUGCAGCUACCUCUGCUCAUGGCCACCAUUGCCGAGGUGCUGCGUUUGCGGCCUGUGGUGCCCUUGGCCUUGCCCCAUCGUGCAACUAGGGCUAGCAGCAUCUCCGGCUAUGACAUCCCCAAGGAUACGGUCGUCAUCCCCAACAUCCAAGGCGCCAACCUGGAUGAGAUGGUUUGGGAACUGCCCAGCAAGUUCUGGCCUGAUCGCUUCCUGGAACCUGGCAAGAAUCCCAGAACACCAUCCUUUGGCUGUGGGGCACGCGUGUGCCUGGGAGAGCCUCUGGCAAGGCUGGAGCUCUUUGUGGUGCUGGCUCGACUGCUGCAGGCCUUCACUCUGCUGCCUCCACCAGAUGGCACCCUGCCCUCCCUGCAGCCCCAGCCUUAUGCUGGUAUCAAUCUCCUGAUUCCUCCCUUCCAGGUGCGGCUGCAGCCCAGAAACCUGGCACCCCAAGACCAGGGUGAGAAAUCCUUGACAGGAUAG